AUGGCUUUUUUAUGUUCUCGCUUAUUUUUGCGAAACCCGUCUCGCAGCUACCAUUUUUAUCGAAUAAAAGAUCUUUCACCAGCGAACUGCCAACCAGGAACCAAAGUGAACGUAAAAGGAUGGGUUAAAUCGGUUAGGAAUAUGAAAGGCAAUCUGUUCGUGGAUGUGAACGACGGAUCAGUUGCUACCAAUUUUCAACUAGUGAUAAACAAAGAGAAACACAUCGAUACAGCGUACGGUUCUUCGAUCGACGCUCGCGGAGUGCUUGUUGCCUCGCCGAAGAAUCAGCUUGAGUUGCACGUGGACAGUCUGACCGAACUUGGGAAAUGCCCCUUAUCGGAAGGCUUUCCGUUCUACCCCAAAAAAUCGUAUCCACCUGAAUACAUACGCAAUCAUUUGCAUUUGAGAUCGCGCGUAAAUUCCAUGGCAUCGACGCUUCGCGUGAGGCAUGAGGCAACGAGAGCGUUCAACGAAUACCUCCAACACGAUGGAUUUGUGCAGAUUCAUACACCCGUGCUAACGUCGAAUGAUUGUGAGGGGGCAGGCGAGGCAUUCCUGGUGAAACCGCUUAACGAUGAACUACUGAAAAGUAUGGUUAAAGACAACGUACCCGUAGAGCAUGCUUAUUUCGACAAGCCCACAUUCCUGACGGUUUCCGGGCAAUUGCACCUGGAAGCAAUGUCGCACGGUUUGGAUAAGGUGUUCACAUUUGGCCCUACGUUUCGAGCAGAAAAUUGUAAAUCCAACAUUCACUUGUCUGAAUUCUAUAUGCUUGAGCUCGAGGAGGCUUUUAUGAAGUCAUUGGAUGAGCUCGCGGACCGGAUAGAAGACAUGGUGAAACAGGUUACGAAAAGGAUAAUGGAGAGAAGUACGCAAGACGUGAGUCUGGUAAGAAAACUAACCACUGGUAGUCUAGAGUUGGACAAGAGUUUCGAAUGGGUAGAAAAACGUUUUCCACGACUAACAUAUAAAGAAGCAAUCGAAAUUCUUCAGAAGAACAAAAGCAUACUAAAAUCUCCGGUUCUACCUGAGGAAGGAAUCAAUAAAGAGCAGGAAUUAUUUCUUGUCCAACACUACCAAUGUCCGGUUUUUGUAUGCUAUUGGCCAAAGAAUAUCAAAUCCUUCUACAUGCGAGAGAACCAGCGUGAUUCUUCGUUGGUAGACGCGUUGGAUCUUCUAGUUCCUCAUGUCGGCGAAUUGGUAGGGGGAAGUAUCCGCGAGGACAACCACAACCUGUUGGAACGUAAGCUUCCGAACGGUGAUGUCUUAAAGUGGUACUUGGAUCUCAGAAAGUUUGGAGGAGUAACAACCGGAGGAUUCGGUUUAGGAUUUGAAAGGUACCUAGCGUGGAUUUUAAAUGUGCACAAUGUCAGAGACGUAAUACCGUUCCCUCGAUGGGCGCAUAAUUGUGUAAUGUAG